AUGGCGUCCAAAUUCGUUCCUCAGCUGGUGCGCCAGGCAUCACGAAGUUUACCCAGAGCUCCUCGCAGCAGACAGAUCCUGCGUCCCAGACAGUUUUCUAGCACGCCGGCGUCGCGAAGCGAGUCGCUUUCAGUGCAUCGCAACACUCCCGACAACAACCCGUCGAUUCCAUUCAAAUUCAAUGAGACCAAUCUGCGUCUAGUCGACGAAAUCCUCAAACGAUACCCGCCUCAGUACAAAAAGGCGGCGGUGAUGCCCCUACUGGACCUAGGCCAGCGCCAGCACGGCUGGACGACCAUCAGCGUGAUGAAUGAAGUGGCCCGGAUUCUCGAGAUGCCGCCGAUGCGGGUGUACGAGGUGUCUACGUUUUAUACCAUGUACAACCGCCAGCCUGUGGGCAAGUACUUUGUACAGGUGUGCACGACGACGCCAUGCAUGUUGGGUGGUUGUGGCAGCGACAAGAUAUUGAAAGCCUGCGAGGAGUUCCUGGGAAUUCAUUCAGGCCACAUGACAGAGGACAAGCUGUUUAGCUUGCUGGAGGUCGAGUGCCUAGGGGCCUGUGUCAAUGCACCCAUGGUGCAAAUCAACGACGACUAUUACGAGGACUUGACGCCUGAGACGGUGACACAGCUACUGCAGGCGUUGAAAGACUCGGCAACAAUCAGUGGAUACGACGUGAACAAGUUGCCGCGACCUGGUCCACAAGUUUACGAGGGCAAGCAGAGGACUACCUGUGAGCCGAGGGCCGGACUGACUUCGUUGACGGGUGAGCCGUAUCAUGUCAAGGAUUUCAUGAGGACCGAUGGGGAGUUGUAA